AUGAUUAGAAACUUAUUCUGUCUGUCUCAUAAUGUACGAAGACUACCGUUACAACUGCAUCCAUUUAUAAUACCGAAAUCAUCAUCAAAUUCUGCAUCAUUAAUCUCAUCCCAUCAAUUUAUAACUCAAAAUCAAUCCUUUUCAUCAUCAUCCAUAAUUCAUAAUAAUUCAAAGGUGAAAGAUUCUUCACCAAUAAUAAUACAACAAGAUAAGAAAUCCCGAUUUAAAGAACAAUCAGAACCAAGAGAAAAACCAUUAUGGGAGAAAAGAAAUGAAUCAUUAAAAGCUCGAUAUCCGAUAUGGAAUCCAACUAAGAAAUUAUCAAGACUGGUAAUGGAAGAUAUUAAAACUUUAAAGGAUAAAAUCCCUCAUUUGAAGACGAUUGAUUUAGCUAAUCAUUUUCAAAUCUCACCUGAAUCAAUCCGAAGAAUACUUCGAUCUAAAUGGGUCCCUACUGAACAAGAACAAAAAUCAAUCAUGGAAAGACAUCAAAGAAGAAAAGAGAAUGUUAAAUCAUUAAGAGAUGCUCAAAAGGAAGAAUUAAUCCAACAACAGAAGAGAAUGAAAUUAGGGAAAAGUAUUGGUAUAAAUGAUGUGGUUAUAAAUAAUCCUGAUCCAUUAUCAUCAAAAUCGAAACCGAAACCAAAACCAUAUAAUUAUAAACAAAAUUUCACUUCAGAUAAUGGUAAAGUUAAAUUCAAUAGUGAUGUUAAUCAUGGAUAUUAUAAUAAACGAGGUAGAAAGAAACAUAAUAUGAUUAAUAAACCAUUCACUGAUAGUGUGGCUGAUAUGUUGGAUUAA